GACGGAGAGACAAGAAGGGAGAGAGAAGAGUGUUCAAAAUUUCCAAUACAAAUCAUUUCCGGUGGUUGAAUCCUGUAGAUGAGGACUCAAAUUUGAGCCAAAGAAAAAUUCCCCUUGUUAUAGCAAAGACCCUUCUCCACCAUCCAUUCUCUCCAUGCUCUAAAGCCAACGCUUUUGACGUUCUUCUUCGAUACAGAUUCUCCACUAGUCUUUUUCCUUUCCUUCAAUUCCUCUAUCUGCGUGUCUUCUUCUCUUCUUUGCUUAUUCUUCUGCUUUUGUUUCUCCUUUUAUAGGCUUUGUUAUCAACUCACAUCCUUCUGCUCUUUUUCUUCUUCUCUUCCCUUACUCGUCACCACUUAUACUCUCUACUGGAGAUAUAUACUGUCGCAUUCUGUUUCGCGCUUUUCUUCAUCUGGGUACCUUGGAGGAUCAAAAGGCUGAGUAAUAAACAAUGCGAGGGGCAAGUUCAGUUAAUCCUGAGGGAGAAAUCAAAGUGAGUUUUGGCUAUCAUUGCAACAGUCAUAGCGGCAGCUCUUGUAUGGUUUCCAAUGGGUAUGAAAACCUGCAGAGCACAAAACUCCAUAGGGACAGCAGCUUUUCUUGCUUGACUGGUGCUGCCCUAAGUGCUAAUGCCACUUUGGCUAAUACCAAUAUCUGUAAUGGUGUGAUAGGAGCAGAAAUACUUCCCAGUUUGGACUCCCCAAACUCAUUCCGAAAAGUUCCCUCUUCACCAACCCUUUCAAGGUUGGACAUAUUACCAUCUUCUCUUCAAAGCAGCAUGUCAAACUUAAGUUGCAGCCCAUCCAGCCCAAGUCCACCAGAAUAUGAUUCUUGUCCUUUAAAAUCCAUGAGUGCACCUUCUAGAAGUGAAGGCUUCCUUAAUGCCAUUGAAGUUCAAGUGGCAGGUGGAGCUGCUGGUGAAGACAGGGUCCAAGCUGUCUGUUCUGAAGAAAGUGGGUGGCUACUCUGUGCAAUCUAUGACGGUUUUAAUGGAAGAGAUGCAGCUGAUUUUUUGGCUGGGACAUUGUAUGAAAACAUCAUCAUGCACACCAACUCUUUAGACUGGGAAUCAAGGCAGAAUGUGAACAGAGCAUCCAAUGGUAUGUAUCUGGAUGGGUCCCUAAAAUAUCCUGCUGAGGUUGGUAAUCUUAGUCUUGGAGAAAAAAGUCCAUCAGGUUGUCUUAAUACUAAGUAUUCAAAUAUAAACAUAGCCACCAAGAAUGGUGUACAUUCCAAAUUGGAAAUUUCAUCUGAUUUAUUUAGGCAUGAAGUACUUGACAGCCUUCAGCGGGCUCUUAGUCAGGCUGAGAAUGAUUUCUUAAACAUGGUGGAGCAGGAAAUGGAGGAACGUCCUGAUCUAGUUUCUGUAGGAUCUUGUGUCUUGGUUGUUCUUAUCCAUGGAACAGAUUUGUAUACACUGAAUUUAGGUGAUAGUAGGGUUGUUUUGGCAACAUAUGAUGGAGACUAUGUGGGGAGUGGGUAUGAGCACCUAAAAGCUGUCCAGCUCAGUGAUUGCCACACUGUUGACAAUGAACUUGAAAGAACCAUGCUAUUGAAGGACCAUCCUGAUGACCCUGCAACAAUUGUAUUUGGAAAAGUGAAAGGAAAAUUGAAGGUCACCCGUGCUUUUGGAGUUGGCUACUUGAAAAAGAAAAAGCUAAAUGAUGCGCUGAUGGGUAUUCUUCAAGUUCGUAACCUCAUAAGCCCUCCAUAUAUUUCUACCCAACCAUCAAUGAAUGUUCAUAAAAUAUCAAAGUCUGAUCACUUCCUCAUAGUUGGAAGUGAUGGAUUAUUUGAUUUCUUCAGCAAUGAUGAGGCAGUAAAGCUUGUGCAUUCUUAUAUCUUGAGCAACCCCAAUGGUGAUCCUGCAAAAUUUCUGUUAGAGCAGCUUGUGGCAAGAGCAGCAGAUUGUGCAGGUUUCAGUAUGGAAGAAUUGAUGAACAUACCGGCUGGUAGGAGGAGGAAAUAUCAUGAUGAUGUAACUGUGAUUGUGAUUGUUUUGGGAGCAAAUCAUCGCACUUCGAAAGCAUCAAUGUACGUGUAAGUUUUUAUGCAACUGUUUUGUCUCAAUAAGGUAGUUUUUUGAAAAAACAGAUUUCAACUUGUAUAUAUCUGAUGUUGGGCAUAUGAUCUGUAUGAAAAAGAUUAGCAUGGGCAAUUUUGAUACAACCUAUCUUCAGUGCAA